AUGAUCAUGGACUUGACGAGGAGUUACUGCGUAAUAGGCCUAACCUCCAAAAAACGAGAACUCAAACGAAUUCCACGAUUGUCCAGCCUGACGGAUGAAUUGAGACUAUAUAUUGUAACUGCAACUGAAUUGCUUCUGGUACACUACUUCCUACCAUAUCUCCCUGCAAUCACUAUGAAGCACACAGGCUCCGAGCUAGUCCGGAAAGUGAUCCACGUCUCCCGAUCGACGCAGUCAUCGCAAACCUCCAUUCAUGCCAUGGUCAAUAUUGAUUUCGAAAAGUGGAAAAAUCAUCAACGUGAUCAGCUUGUCAGGCCAGUUUUCCGAGAUAAAUCGCCUCCUGGAUAUGAUAAUAUGAUUAGUCAGACACACGAAAUUUUCUCGAAUUCUAUAUUCUACUCUGCUGAAGAUUAUGUUAUGCUGAGCUCGGGUGAAUUCGGUCAUGAGAAGUCUGGAGAGAGUUGGUUCAAUCACCUUGCCGGAGUGGAGGGAUUGAGGCAGAAGGGUUGGACGAUAGUAACAAGUACAGCACUCAAUUACUGUGCCGAGCAAAUGGAUCAAAAGCAGAGAUUCUCGGUUCAGGCGACAAUCCCCGACAUGUUUGUUCGUGCACGUGCGAAGAAGCAAAGGAAAGGCUUGGAACUUUUUGGAACUACAUGUGGGGCUUUCCGAAAAUCUCGGACUUCCGAUUAA